AGAGCGACGGAAUGAGGUCGAGGAAGUGACGUCCAAGGGCGGGCAGGAACUGAGAGUGUGCCAGAGCUUUCCAGAAGGGAGUGCGUCUUAUAACAGAGCAUCCUGUGUGCUGUGCUGUGACUCUCCCAAUCGCCUCGGCUCCGCUGCAGGAUGGUGGACUACAGUGUGUGGGAUCACAUAGAGGUGUCCGACGAUGAAGACGACACUCAUCCUAACAUCGAUACUCCCAGUCUGUUCAGAUGGCGCCACCAGGCUCGAGUGGAGAGAAUGCAACAGUUUGAAAAAGAGAAGGAAGAGCUUCAGAAGGGGGCAAACGAAUGCAAGAAGAAGCUGGCCGAGUGUCAGAAGAAGCUGAAGGAUUUAGAGGUCAAAGAGGGUCCUGAGAUGCAGAAGCUUCAGAUAGAGCUGGAUCAGCUUAAGAAGGAGGAGAAGACUUGGCAGAAGAAAGAGGAUGAGUUCAGGAGGAAGGAGAAGAACAUGCCGUGGAAUGUGGACACAUUGAGCAAAGAGGGGUUCAGCAAGAGCGUUUUCAACGUCAAGCCCGAAAACAACGAAGAAACGGAGGAGCAGAAGGAGCAGAAGCACAAAACGUUCGUGGAAAAAAACGAGAAGCUGCUAAAACAUUUCGGGAUGCUUCGACGCUGGGACGACAGCCAAAAAUAUUUAUCAGACAAUCCGCACUUGGUGUGUGAGGAGACUGCCAACUACCUGGUGAUUUGGAGCAUUGAUCUGGAAGUCGAAGAGAAACAUGCGUUGAUGGAGCAAGUCGCUCAUCAGACAAUCGUCAUGCAGUUUAUUCUGGAGCUGGCCAAGAGCUUGAAGGUGGACCCCAGAGCCUGUUUCCGACAGUUCUUCACGAAGAUCAAGACCGCGGAUCAGCAGUACAUGGAUGCGUUUAAUGAUGAGCUGGAAGCUUUUAAAGGGAGAGUGAAGGAACGAGCCAAAGUCCGCAUAGAGAAAGCGCUGAAGGAGUACGAGGAGGAGGAGCGGAAGAAGAGACUCGGCCCCGGUGGCUUGGAUCCCGUGGAGGUUUAUGAAUCCCUCCCAGCUGAACUCCAGAAAUGUUUCGAUACUAAAGAUAUACAGAUGCUACAGGACGCCAUCAGCAAAAUGGACCCUACUGAAGCCAGAUACUAUAUGAAGCAGUGUAUUGACUCGGGACUCUGGGUUCCGAAUUCCAGAGGAGGGGACUCCGCAGAGGCCGGAGACGCCGAGGCCGAACCCGUGUACGAAGAAGCCAAGAAGGACACCGCCGAGCAGACGGAGGCAUCAUCAUAAGUGCGGAACGCGUCGUUCCCAGUGCAGUUUAAUCUAUACAGCGUUAGACUUAAACCUCAGAGAAGAGGGUGCCAGACCUCUUGGCCUGGAAGGGGUGCUGCUAAAACCAUUC